AUGGCAAUGUGGUCACGUGCUGCAGUGCUAAAACUUUACUGUUCUUUACUGUGUGAGGGGCAUCAACUUAAGUACACUGACCAUGAGUUUUACCUCUCCUUUGUCCAGUGGAAGUUCCAUAAAAACAAAGAUCUGAUUCGACCUGAAGACAAGGAAAGACAACUGGAAAAAGGGAUGUUCUUUUUUCAGAAUAAGUUGGGAGGCCUUGUAUAA